AUGAAGAUCAAUCUGCACACUACUUUUCUUCUCCUCUUUGCCCUCUUGUUCACCCUGGCGCUUAGCUCGCCAAUUGAAGAGACAGAGGAUCUCGAAAAACGCUCCUUCAAAACCGACGACACCAUCGAGGUAACAGACCCCGAACCCAGCCCCGCACUCGACGUCCGCUCUCCCGAAGCCGAAGCGGACCCCCAAGACCGCAACCACCCCAACUGCCCCAAACCCGACUGGUGCCAGGACUGGGACUUCCGCGAGUGCAAAUGCAGGCGCCCGAAAUGCCCGAAACCGCCGGACUGCCGCGACUGGGAUUUCCGCGAGUGCAAGUGCCGGAAGAAGGAGUGCCCGCCGAAGCCCACCAACUGUCGCGACUGGGACUUCCGCGAGUGCAAGUGUCGCAAGGAGCACUGCCCGAAACCGCCGGACUGCCGCGACUGGGAUUUCCACGAGUGCAAGUGCCGGAAGAAGGAGUGCCCGCCGAAACCCACCAACUGUCGCGACUGGGACUGGAAGGAGUGCAAGUGUCGCAAGGAGCACUGCCCCAAGCCCACCAACUGUCGCGACUGGGACUGGAAGGAGUGCAAGUGCCGCAAGGAGCACUGCGCGAAGCCGGACGGGUGCCGCGACUGGGACUGGAGGGAAUGCAAGUGUCGGGUGUGGAAGUGUCCCAAGCCUGACGGGUGCUGGGACUGGGAUUAUCGCGGGUGCCAUUGUCGGAGGUGGAAGUGCCCCAAGCCGAACAACUGUCGGGACUGGGACUAUAGGGAGUGCAAGUGCCGCGAUCAGAGGUGUCCGAAGCCCAACAACUGCCGCAACUGGGACUUUAGGGAGUGCAAGUGCAGAGAUAGGCACUGAGAGGUGGUUAUUCGAGGGAUUGGGCAAGUGGGAUGGAUGGAUGUAAUGGAUGGGAAAGGCGGACCAGGAAGGCGACGGAGAGGGACGGGGGAGAAAAGUUGUAUUCUGGGCGGACCAAAUUGUAUCAAAAUGCCCGUUGCUUACUGGAUCUAAUCUUGAUUGGCAAUUAGUAAUGUUAUUGGAAAAGCUAUCGCAACCCCU